ACCCAGGACAGCAGUGCGCAGAGACCUGCUCCUCCUGCCUCUCCUCCGCUCACGGGACUCCGGGGGUUCAUGGGAUGCACUAUCUACGCAGCCAGCCAUAAGGCCCUGCCCGCGGACGAGGCUCCAGGGCAGGGAGGCCGCUACUGCCAGCAACCCCAACACGGACACCUCCAUGGGAACUGCAGCCAGAGGAUAGCAGCCUACAGAGCCAGGGCGAGGAGCAUGAGCGAGCAGGAGCACAGCACUGAGGACUCGGGCCUGGUCUCCACUCAGGACCUGCAAGAGACCCCCAAAGAGGAGGAGCCCCACCAAGGACACUUCAGGUUUCACCUGAUAGAGGACCUGUCUUAUGAGGAUGUGAAGAAAUGUUACAGAGGCUCGACUGUCAGCAAGUACAACUCCCAGUACCACAAGCUGUUCCCUGGAGUGCCCCCGGACGAGAUCCUCAUGAAAGUGUACUCAUGUGCCCUCCUCAGAGAUAUCCUCCUCCAGGGACGCCUCUACAUCUCCAGGCACUGGCUCUGUUUCUAUGCCAACCUCUUCGGCAAAGACAUCAAGGUGGCCAUCCCUGUAGUGUCCGUGAGGCUGGUGAAGAAGCACAGAACAGCAGGCCUGGUGCCCAACGGCCUCGCCAUCACCACAGACACCGGGCAGAAGUACGUGUUUGUGUCGCUGCUCUCCAGAGACAGUGUGUACGACGUGCUCAGGAGGAUCUGCACACAUCUACAGGUGAAUGGGAAGAGCCUGAGUCUGAAGCAGCUGAUGGAGGAGCCGACUCUGUCCCUGGAUGAGUUCCCAGCUCCAGAUGAGUUCCCUGUAGUGGAUGAGUUUCCCUCGGUGCUGAAGUGGAGGAAAAGGCCCUCGGUAGUGACCGUGUCCUCCUCCCUCCCUGACCUGCUGGGCACCUCCACAGGCAGCCUCUCCUCCCCCGAUGCCCCCUUCACACCGGAGACGCCUCUGGAAGAGCGCUCGGUGCCGACAGACAGGGGCCUCUCGUCUGAGCCCGAGGCCGAGCUGGGCCAGAUGGAGUACCAGCUGCUCAAGUUCUUCACCCUGCUGAUCAUUCUGCUCAUCCUGUCAUCCUGUUAUCUGGCCUUCAGAGUGUGCAGUCUGGAGCAGCAGCUAUCCUUCCUCAGCAACCCCAACCUGCCCCUCAGAGACAGGUAACCAUGGCUGUCUCUCUCCACCCUGAGCUGCCCAGACUCAGCCCUGAGCAGCCUGAGCCACACAAGACCAGGGACCUCCUCCUCCACCUCCUCCAGGCUUCUCCAGGCAUCACUGAUCACUUGACUAUGCAAACAGACUGAGUGGAUGCUAGAUUAUGAAUGUGAAACAUAGCUAACCUUUGCAUUACUUGAUGUAGUCAGGAGUUACUGUGUAUGUGUUCCAUAUGUUUUCUUGUACAUUAACUUAAAGGUCCUAUAUUACACAAAAUUGAUUCUUGUGAACUUUAAGCCAUGUUGUACUGUUGUUGCCUAUUCAAAUAUUCAGUCUAUUUGAUGCACCUUGUGAUGUCAUGAAGCUGUAGUUUUCAAGUCAACAGCUCCUUUUACCUUUAGUUCAGUAGAGAUUGGCAAUUCCAAGGUUAAAAUUAUCCAAAUGAUUCUAGUGAAGGUGUAUGGAGUUUCCUGUAUUAUCAUAUGAAAUCACCAGGUGGAACAGAGUGUUUUCCGAGAAGAAUGCAGCCUAACUAUGCAGGUUUUGUCUGUUAAACAUGUGUGAAUGAACCAAAACACAACUACAGGUAUGUUUUUGAAUAGGUAACAACAUUAAUACAUCAGAUUAAUCAGAAAAUAGCGUAAUAUGAGCCCUUUAAGGUGAUUUUUUUGAAGAAUCCAGGAUCAUGUGAAGAUUUACUUGAAAAGACAGAUCUCAGAAAGAAGGCUGAAAAUGAAGCAAUGCACUUUUCCAAAAAUGUGAUAUUAUUCAAAUGUAUGUAAAUGUUUUAGAUAUAUUUUGGUACUUUAUUUUGAAGGAAGACACUUGAUGACUUGUGAGUGUUGGAGUUACUAUUGCGUAUGGUGUCCUUAUACAUUUGGUAUAACGUCAUUGAAAUGAUCGUAUGAUGCAUAUGGUAUUAGUCCUACUAACUCGGUGUUUAGUUUUAUGCAUUUUGUGUAUUAAAGUCACCAAAGACUUUCAACUAGGCCUGUCACAAUAGCAAAUGUUGAAAGUUAUACUGUAUUUAUGUAUUUUGACAGAAAAUGUAAUGACCUUACUAUGGUUUUAGUUCUGUAGGAUGUUCAGUGAUAAUCCCACUACAUGAUCCCAAUAUUGAUACUUUGCGGUGACAUCACACUGGGGAAUACUUCAUGUAUGCCCUUGGAAAAAUGUUCAGCAGUUAACAUGGAGACACAAUACACACAAUAGCAAAUACAGCCUGGUACAUUUUUUUCGAAAUAGAAUACAAAAUGGAUUUAAACAAUACUUUUCAUGGUCUUGUUUAGGUGUUUGAUUUUUAAUGCAAAAGGUGAGCGCGACUAACUGAAAAACUGUUUGCUAAUGGUAGCUAGCUUGUAACUGUAAUGUUAUUUGAGGGGGGCUUGUUCUUUCAGGUCAGAUUGUGUCUUACUGAGCUUCAGACAGAGCAGUUCCCCUCGUUAGCUUCACCCCCAGGAAAGUUGUCGACGUCAUCUGCAAAGUAUCUGUAAUUGUUGGUUUUCAGAUUCUCGAAUGUGACAAUGUCGUACUCCCAGACGAGGGGCUAAAGCCAGAUUUCCUUAUUGAUUACAUUGUACUUUGACGUGAAAUAUCCAAAAGGUAAAUUCAGUUCUGAUCAUUUCUAUCAGUGACCGUACAACAAGAGUCCAUCAUUUAACAAUAUUACUUUUAGCCGCUCCCAUCUGUAUUUAAUAUUGACCUAUAGAAUAUUGUGAUGUCAUCUGAAACCCGACAAUACACUGAUGUAAACAAAAUUCCUUGUAAUAUAACGAGUUUUAGCUGUCGGAAUGAGCCAUGUUUAAUUGUUCCUAACGUUUGUCUGUAUUGUAAUGAUUGUGACAGGCCUACUCUGAUACAUGAUGUCCGUGUACAGGUUACUUUAAGUACAGAUAUGAGAUGUAACUACUUUAUCGUACUAUAACUAUACAUGGCUUUGUAAAUAAGACUAAACCCUGCCAUAAUUAUCGGGUUUUGGUUGGGCUAAAGGAGGCGGCCAUCUUGUCCUGAUGUUAUAAUAAUAAUAAUAAAUGCAUCAGAUUU